AUGGCUGGCAUCGGGCGUUUCCUCUAUUCCCAACUCUUCGUUACACCACCGACGCCUACCGACGACCAGACUGGCAAGACUGUCAUUGUCACAGGCUCCAAUGUCGGUCUUGGGAAGGAGGCCGCACGUCACUUCACCCAGCUCAACGCCUCCACAGUGAUCCUGGCUGUACGCUCUCUUGAAAAAGGUGAAGCAGCACGCAAGGACAUCGAAUCGACCACGGGCCGUAACAAUGUAGUCAGAGUCAUGCAACUCGACAUGUCGUCCUAUCAAUCAGUCCUCGAUUUUGCCGAAAAAGCGAGCAAAGAGUUGGAACGAGUGGAUAUCGCAGUCUUGAACGCCGGCGUAAACCGCGGCGUCUGGGAAGUCUUCGAACAAGACGAAUCAACCAUCACUGUCAACGUCGUUUCCACAUUCUUGUUGGCGUUCGCUCUAUUACCCAAGCUCAAGGAGACGGCAAGCAAGUUCAACACCAGACCCACACUUACGAUUGUGAGCUCCGAGGUGCACGAAUGGACGCCUUUCGAUGAGAGAAAUGCACCGGAUGGCAAACUCUUCGAGAGGUUGAACGAGAAGCUUGUCAAUGGCAAAGAAGUCGGACUCGACAAUCGGUACCAGGUUAGCAAGCUGAUGGAGGUACUGUUCGUCCGCGCAUUCUGCGAGCGAUACCCAGAGUCAAAUAUCCCAGUAACGGUGAACUUCGUCAACCCUGGCUUCUGUCACUCUGAAUUCGGCCGCGAAGGUCCAGGAAUCCUCGCCUUCAUGCGCUUCCUGCUCGCACGUAAGACAGAAGUCGGAUCAAGAACUCUUGUGCAUGCCGGUACUUCAGGUGUUGAGUCCCAUGGAAAGUAUCUCAGUGACUGCAAGAUUACUGAACCAAGCGCCUUCGUUCGGAGUGAUGAGGGCAAGAGGAGUCAGGAGAAGGUUUGGAAAGAGCUGAUAGAGAAGCUGGAGGGUAUCAAAUCUGGAAUCACCAAGAGCUUUUAG